AUGAUCGUGAGCGUCGAUAUUGGCCCUCCCGCUGAGCAAAAGCUUGACGACCUGUGCGUUUCCCUCGCAGGCGGCAAUGUGGAGCGUGGUCCUCCCGUCGAGGUCGAUGUUGUUGACAUCAAUUCCUUCGUUCAACAAAUCCUCGACCCCUCGCGCGUCGCCGCGGGACGCCAUGAACAGCAGCUGCAUCGUGCAGUCCAAGUUCUCCGGGACCGCCAGCAGCUCCUCCUUGAUCGGGCUCCGCCGUAUGGGAUCCAGCGACGACUGUCGGCCGAAACUGAACCGAUAAAGGGAAAAUCCCCCGGCGGCAGCAGAUGUAGGGUAUAG